UAUCAGUCAAUUCCCAUCUCCCUUUCGAAACUCACAACGACUUAUCACUCCCUCUCUCUCUCACGCACAAACACACACUCCAUUUAUUUGCUUUCAUGUUGAUGUUCUACUGCACCUUCGGCGGGAACUGAACCAGGAUUCAGAUUUUGAGCUGAAACCUAAAUUAUUCGAUUGAUUGCAUCGAAAUCGAUAGCGGUGUCGAUGCUACGGUGGUGAUCGGAAACGAGAAGUGAAAGAAAACGGUAUUGAUUAUUGUAGUGAGUUGAUUUGAGAGAGUCCAUCAUGAACCCUCCUCCAAUCGUCGUCCUCACAGACGAUCUCCUCCUCAAGAUACUCUCUCUCCUCCCCGACGACUCCGACCGCAAAUCGCUCCGGUCAACAUCCAAGGCCUUCCGCAAGCUCGACUCGCUCCACCGCACUCACCUCCGCCUCCUCCGCCCCGACUUCCUCCCCUCCCUCCUCCCCAACCUCCCGCGCCUCGCCUCCCUCGACCUCUCCGUCUGCCCCGGCAUCGACGCCGCCGCCGUCUCCCUCAUCCUGCCCUGGACGCGCCGCAUCAAUCGCCUGCACCUCGGCCGCUGCACCGCCCUGCGAUCCCACGCGCUCGGGGCGCUCGUCAGGAGCUGCCCCAAUCUACACACCCUCGACGUCUCCUACUGCACGGCCUUCGGCGAUCUGGAGGCGGCGGCGCUCUCGUCCGCCGCGGGGCUGAGGGAUCUCAAUCUCGACAAGUGUCUCAACAUCAGCGAUGCGGGGCUGGCCAAGGUCGCCGUCGGAUGUCCGGAGCUCCGCAGCCUCUCCCUCAGAUGGUGCUUCGGUGUAACCGACAUUGGGAUUCAGCUUCUCUCCAAUAAAUGCCUGCAUUUGAAACGCCUUGAUAUUUCCUACCUCAAGGUUUCGAGCGAGUCACUGCGUUGGAUUAGUGAAAUGGAGAGGCUGGAGACACUGCAAAUGGUGGGGUGUGGAUCGGUGGAUGAUAUGGGAUUGCUGCAUAUUGCAAAUAAAUGUGCUUCGCUUAAGGUAUUGGAUAUAUCAAGAUGCGACAGAUUGAGCAUGGACGCACUAUGUUCCGUUAUCAAUGGACAUAAUCGUUUAUUGCAGCUUCAUGCAAGCUACUGUUUUUCAGAGCUUUCCAUGUCAUUUGUCGACCGGCUCAAGGACCUGACGAACCUGGAAGUGCUAAGAAUUGACGGGGCACGAGUUUCGGAUUCUAUGUUAAAUAUCAUCAGCAACAACUGCAAAUGUUUGGCCAAAGUGGGACUUGGAAAAUGCAGAGUGACUGACACGGGCGUCCGGCAUCUUGUGUCGAGCUGUGUUAAUCUAAAGGUACUUGAUUUAACAUGUUGCAGCGACCUCACUGAUUCAGCCAUACUAGCUAUGGCACUUUCUUGUCGGGAUCUCUUGUGUCUUAAGUUGGAAUGCUGCAACUUGCUUAGUGAGGGGAGUCUCAACCAUCUCGGGUCUCACUGCAGAUUUCUCGAGGAGAUUGAUCUUACAGAUUGUUCUGGAAUAAAUGACAUAGGCUUGAAAUAUCUGUCAAGAUGCUCAGAGCUUGUGUCUUUGAAACUUGGACUAUGUUCUAAUAUUUCAGACAAAGGAUUGUCUUAUAUGGCUUCAAAUUGCUCAAAGAUUCAAGAACUCGAUUUAUACAGGUGUGCAGGAAUAGGUGAUGGAGGCUUAGCUGCUAUAUCGCAUGGUUGCAAAAAACUGAAGGCACUAAAUUUGUCAUACUGUGAUGGAGUCACUGACAAAGGGAUGGAGUAUUUAAGCUCGCUAAAGGAACUCUCCAUCCUUGAGAUGCGAGCUCUUCGAAACAUCACUGCCACCGGCUUGACAAAGCUUGCUUCUGGUUGCCGGAGAUUAGCUGAAUUGGAUCUAAAAAAUUGCGAGGAAAUUGAUGACUCGGGAUUUUGGGCCUUGGCUUACUACUCGAGGAAUUUACAACAGAUCAAUGUGUGUGGGUGCGCGAUCUCAGACGUGGGGCUGUGCAUGGUAAUGGGGAACUUAACUCGGCUGCAGGACGCGAAGCUGCUGGACCUUGUCCACGUAUCUGCACAUGGUUUCGAGCUCGCCCUCAGAGCAGGCUGCACGUGCCUCAAAAAGGUAAAGCUCCGCGCCUUUCUUAGGCGACUGCUUUCCUCUGAAAUAAUACAGACCUUAGGAGCAAAGGGUUGCAAGAUUAGAUGGGAUUAAUGAGAGUGUUGUGUAAUGUUACUUGUUGCUUAGUGAUAUUCAUCAACUUUAUCAAAGGACUAGGAAAUUCUCAUGAAAUAUUUUUUGAUGUAGAUAGUCUAUUAAUAAUGCCAGAAAGGCGUCAUCUCCAUUUACUUGAUUUCUUGGAAACUUUUCUAACCAAACUUGUCCGUAGUUCUAUUGAGAAAUUUUAAUUAUAAAUGUUGAAUGGAUUUAUGGCACUUUUGUUCUAUUUAAUAAAUGUUUUGUGAAUGUGGUAUGAGUGGAGAAAAAUACUCACUUUUAUUAUAAUAAAAAAAUACUCACUUUUGUGGCGAAGUGAUGUUUAAAAUUGAAAACUACGCUUUUUGUGAGACAUAUCAAAAUAACAACAAAUAUGGAGUAUAUUUUAAGGGAUGGCUAGAGUAUAAGCUAUGUAACUGUAGGCAAUUAAAAUUUAUAGUCUAUAAAAUCAUGUCAUAUGGAAAUUAAGAAUUAAAUAUUGACUUAUAUAUUUUAUUUAUAUUUUGGAAUUGAAUUAUAGUAUAAAAUUUCAAGAUUAAAUAGAUAUAUAAUUAAUAUUUGAUUGUGUAGAUUUAUUAAACAAUUAGAAAACGACACAUGUCAAAUAUGCACAAGAAAUUAAAAUUUCUGUAUAAAUAAAUACUCCCUCCGUCCCACAAAUCUUGACACGUGUAGUUUCGGCACGGGAAUUAAGGAGUUGUAGAUUAGUGUUUUAACUAUAGUUAAUGAGGAUGAUCUCAAACAUCGUUGUGCAAGAACAAAUGAAACAACAUCCACCAAAAAACUGUUCAAUGCCAGAAAAGCCUUUAAGCAGCAAAACAGAGAGACAUUUCUCGAGAAUCAUAAGAUCAAAUUUCCAACUCUACUGUGGAGUGGUGAUGAAGUUGAAGUCGACUGGUCCAACCUCACUACUAAAGGAGGAAGAAAAAAGAGCAUAAAACAAUCGAGAGGAUCGCCUUUUCGAUCCAUUAAAACUACUGAUGAGGAAACUCGUGGGUGUCUUUAAGUAGAAGCAAGGCUAGUAUGAUGGCUGCUGGUCCAUUUUGUCCACUGAUCAGAUCACCACUACAUAGCAUGCUUGCGAGAGGCCUUUCAUUGUUUCUAACCAUCUCUUUUAAUGCUGCUUUUUGAUGAAGUUAGGAUGCCUGAUUAUGCUAAAAUUAGUAAGCACUUACCUUUCACAGGCAUGAUUAAGAUAUUGUGUUUGAUAAAGUUGCUGUCAACACUUUCAAAGGCCUCAAACUGCUGCAGCUUUUAGUUAUAACACGAGGCGUGCAUUAGAGAUAAGGUUCGCACGCCUUAGUUUACUAGCCUCGUCUAUAAAUGUCUCUUUCCAUUUAGAGUAUGAGUGUAAGCACAAAGCUUCUGACAAAGAACUGCAAAAACUGUGAGAUUCUUGAUGUUGUGGUUGGUGAUUCUUAGCUGCUUACAACAAUAUAACCAGCUAAAUCAAGGUAUGUUAAUUAUAUAAACAGCACCAUAGAAAGAAGGGAAAUUCCUUUAAUAUUUGUCUAUGAUCUGUUUGAAUGCCUUAAAUUGCUCAAGACAUGAUGCUAAAAAUCUUUGCUUAUUCAGAUAUUUUGUUCAUUUCCUACCGGAGCAGCAAUGACACAAAGGAUUUUCCUCCUAGUUCUGGUUCUGGAGGUUUUUGCAGCUUCUUAUGCUGUCACAGACUCGAACACGUACGUCGUUCACAUGGACAAGUCCGUAUUCUUCUCUGCUUUGACUGUCUUGUACAGUAAGCUCUUCGAUGUGACGUUGAAGGGACCUCUGGUAUUCCUUCGUUGCAGCAGCUGGAUUCAUCACAUGAAAGCCACUCUUUGGAAUCAGUACGUCCCAAACAAACACUUGAUCCAGGUUGAAGGUAUUGAGCAUCCUGCUUCGGUUAUAGGACCGAUGGUUACACUCUUGGACAGUUUCGAAGCUGUUCAUUGAAUCUAUCAUCCGUUCCAGCGCGACUUUGCCGUGCUUGAUACUUUUAUUCAAAUCAUAUGUAUUCGUAAAGAAUGAAUCCCGCCGCAGCACUUCCUUUGCGACUAAGUGGUCAAGCAUUUUGAGGUCUAAGGAAACCCAUAGACACUCCAUUCGAUAACCACAUCUAAGAUCUCGUUGUUCCUAGCAGCUAGAAAAUAGCAAAGACAUUUACAAGUAAAGUAAAACAAUUUCAAAAAUAUAAGCAAACACAUUAACAAGCAGUUUGGUUGAAAAGAAUUCUGAGUGACAUGGGAGAGAAGAAGCAAGGUUCGGUAGAGUUAUACUGUGACAACAAGUCAGCAAUUGCGAUCACCAAGAAUCCGGUGUACCACAGUCGAACUAAGCACAUCUCGAUCAAGUAUCACUAUAUUAGAGAAGUGGAAGCAAGAGGUGAGAUCCAGUUGAAGUAUUGCUGCAUUGAGGAGCAGUUGGCGGACAUAUUCACUAAAGGCCUUUCGAAAUCAAAAUUUCAACUAUUGAGAGAGAAGCAUGAAAUUACCAGCAAAAACAUUAAGGAGGAGUAUUGAAGAUUAAUGUUUUUGCUGAGAUUCAUGAAUCUAUUGUCAAAGUUCCAUGUAUUUCAUUUAAUCCUAACUAGUUUUGCUUCGGUGCGUUGCCCGGUAAUAGUUAUUUAACUAAAUUAUUUAAAAGUAUAAGUAAUCUAUACUUUUUAAUGUUGAAUGUCUUU